AUGGCGGCACCCCCGCUCCGGCCCAGCGCCGGUGUGGCACCAAAAGAAAAGGCCUUAAAUAUAAGUGGAACCGUCCUCCUUGGAGCAACAGCUGGCAUCUCUGGAAUAUCAGCAAACUUGGUCUUCAGAAGUUGCUUCAAAGUCAAUUAUGAUACUUUGAAGACAUUUACAUCAUUGGCUACACUUCCAUUUUUAUCUUCAGUAGUUACUUACAAGCUCCUUGUAACCGAUGCUUUGUGUUCAGGUAACAUAAGCAAGGAAGACUGUGCCCUGAGAAGCUUGCUGGUUAGUAUAAUGUGUGGCGUGUUGCAGCCCACUGCUUUGGCUUUUUCUAAAAAUGGAGGUCUUGCAGUCAAUUACCACACGGUCCCACUGCCACCAAAAGGAAGAGUUUUACUCCACCGGGUGCUGCUUUGUCAAACGGAUAUUAAACUAAUGAUGAUUCCACUGAUCUUCCAGAUAUGUUUUGGACUAUUUAAUGGUCUACAACAUUAUGCAGUAUAGGAACGCACACGUGAAAACUAUAUGUAAAGAACAAUAAAUGGACACUAACACAGAAGAAUGUUUGUGUGUUUUUUAUUGAAGACAUAGCCAUUGCUGAAAGAAUGAAAAAUAACUCCUGUUUCUGUUCUGUUUGCCUGGUAUAUGUCAGACACUUAAUAAAUAUGUAAUAAUUCAA